AUGUCCUCUACUGAAGAUCCAGUUCCUGUUGCGGCUGAGGAGGCUGUGGACACGGUUGUUUCUACCGAAGAACAACCGGUCACCGAUCAAGAAGAAGCUCAACAGUCUGUUGCAGAAUCAAUGGGUUCUCCCACAAGGGACACACCAUCUGGAAAAGACGAGCCGAUUACGUCUCCAGCACGUAGCCAGGCAUCUUCAACAGGCCAAAAACGCUCCUUAAUCGCUGGCGGCCCAAAGCGCCCAGGCGGUGUCUCUACGCGAACUACGAAACCGUCCGCUGCAACAACUGGUAGGUCAACUUCGGGGAGCACUCUCAGCAAACCCCCAAUUAGACCUGCGGCCAAUACUGCCGCCAGAAAGACUCCAGGCUCUACGACUCUUGGCGGGGCCGCAAGUACUACCCGUGCAUCACGCAUGUCCAUCGGUAGCUCGGCUGAUGAACGAGCCAAGGCUGUUGCUAGCUCUGGUGACGAGUCUCGAAAGAGUGGGAUUUCAGGAACUGCAAAACGCACUUCAAUGUCCGGAACACUGGGAUCGAGGACUUCUACUACUGCAAGGCAGUCUACCACUCCUGCGGAUAGAAGGUCUUCCAUAACACCUGCGACAGAGAGAAAACCAGCAACCUCCCGUCCCUCAACUGCAUCCUCGCAAACGCCAACUAAACCUGUAAGACCCACCCCGGCAGCCUCUACAACUCCGCGAACCACUAGAACCAUUCCUACUUCUGCCAAAGCCCCGUCUAGUACGGAUGCUGCAAAGAGACGUAUCGGGGCGCCGGGUUCACCCGCUGUUACCAGGCGGACUGCCGGAGCUCCUACGCUGGAUGAAGGGGCAGAGAAUGACAAAAUGGCUGAAUUGGAAUCCCAACUUGCCGCCAGUGAAGCGAAGCUUACUGAAGCUCAAGACAAGAUCUCAGAGCUUGAGAAAUCCGGUGAAGAUAGUUCCAAACAUGAGGAGUUGGCGGAGUCUUACUCCCAGGAGAUCAAGACCUUGCAGGGUAAACUGGAGGAAACGGAAGCCAAGUACCAGGAGGCAGUCGAGCGAUCUGUCAAAGAAUUGGAAGAAGCCAAGCGUGAGGCUGCCGAUUUGGGGGAGUCUAAGAGCACCGAAGCACUUAACCUGCAACGCAAGGAGCACGAGGCCGCCGUUCAAAGCCUAGAGGCCGAACUUGCUACCAAACAUGAAUCUAUCUCCGAGUUAACUAGUAAGGUUGACGCCUUGAAUAAGGAUCUAGAUGAGGCAACCAAAAAUGUUGAGCAACUGAAGGAGGCUGAGAAGGAGGCCACGGAGGCUCUUCAGCUGAAAGUAAACGCUCUGGAGGAACAGUUGAACUCUAGUAAGAAGGAGUUAGAGUCUGCUCAAGAAUCGUCUACCCAAAGUGUUGCUGCCCUGGAAGAAAAGGUUUCCAGUCUUGAGAAGCAGCUGGAGGAAGCUCGAUCAGAGGCCGAAAAAGGGUCCGCUGAUUCAACCAAAGCAUCACUGGAGAAAGAGGAAGAAAUCAAGAAACUGAAAUCAGAAAUUCAGUCCCUACAAGAUGACAUUACCAAGUCUCAACAGACCAAGGCUGAUGAGCUCGAGAAACAGAAAGCUGAAUUGACAGCUGAGCACGGCCGUGCCCUGGCUGAGAUGGUAGCAGGUCAUGAUGCUGCCCUUGCAAAACUGGCUGCUGAGCAUAACACAGAGAGAAGUGAGGCGGAGACAGAAAUAAAAGCGGCAAAGUCAGCUUCGGAGCAAGAAAUCCAGAGUUUGACAGAGAAACACGAAGCGGCUAUUGCGGAGAUAAACAAAAUGGUGGAGAAACUGACUGCUGAAAAUACUAGCCUCAGCAGCCAGGUGGAAAGUUCUCAGUCAUCUUUCGAUACUGAGAUUCAAAGCCUCAAGGCUCAACUUUCUAAAGCUGAAGAAGCCCUUGCCAACGAGAAGGUUAAUGCCGAGAAACGGAGUGCUGAUGAGACUGCAGCAUCCGCUGAGAUUGAGUCCCUCAAAACCACCAUUCAGGGUCUUGAAGCGGAGCUUGCACAGCAGAAGUCAGUUGUUGAGACUUUGACAGCGGAUGUUGAGGCUGAAAAGGCUCAAGUUGCAGUUUUGCAGAAAGCUCUUGAAGCAUUUGAAGCCGAUAGCAAGAACAAAGAUGAGCACAACGUCAACAUGAACAAGAAGCUCAGCACCGAGAUCGAGAACUUGAAUAAGUCACUAGAAGAAAAGACCCAAGAAAUCAACUCUACCAAGGAGCAGCACUCUGAGGCUCUCGAGACCAUGAAAACCUCCCAUGCGGCUGAAAUUGCCAAGCAUGAAUCGGAUACAGUUGCAUUGCAAGAAAAGCUCAAGACAUUACAAGAGGAACAAGAGACACUCCGGACAGCGAAGGAAGAGGCUGAAGCCGAGCAUAAAGCUAAGAUUGAGGCACUCCAAACUGACCAUGCUCAACAGAUAGAAGAGCAUUCCGCCAAAUUUGCAGCUCUAUCUGAAUCACACAAAGCAAACGAGUCUUCGACUAAGGAGCUCGAGGAUUCUCACGCGAAGCUAAAGGAAGAGUUUGAGAAAACUCUGGCAAAGACCAAGGAAGAUUUAGAAUCUACCCACUCGAAGGGAGUUGAGGAGCUUCUGGCUGCUCACGAGGAGAAACUUAACAACCUAAGAUCCGAAUAUGAAGCCAGUUCUGCGGAGAAGCUUUCUGCCGCAGAGAAGAAUCACUCAGAGAUUGUUGCUAAACUUCAAGCGGACCUUGAGAAGGCUAAGGAGGCUGCUGCUGACACUACUUCCCUUGAUUCUUUGAAGGCAGAAAUAGAGGAGUUGAAAGCUAGCCACGCUUCACAGGUGGAAACCCUUGCGAAGGAAAAGGCAGAGCUGGAGACACGUAUCGAUGCUGCAGGAAACUCUGCCAAAGAUGCGGAAGCAGCUCGAGAAGAGUUGAUUGCUAAGCAUGCUGAAGAACUCAAGGCAGCUCAAGCCGACGCCACGAAGAACAGUGAUGCUCAUGCUGCUGCGUUGAAAGAAAUCAAUCAGCUUAAAGAUGCAGCUUCUGAGGCGCAUACCAAUUCCCAAGAGGUAGAGAAGAAAUACGCCCAACUUGAGAGCGAUAUGGCCGCUUUAAGUGAGAAGAAUAUGGAGAUGGUGGAGAAGAUCCAGGAAUACGAAGCAUCUGUUGCCAAAGCAAAUAGGAAAAUCCGUGAACUUGAAUUCGAUCUUAAAGACGCACAGAAAACGGCCUCCCCAACCUCCAAUGGAACUACCAAUGGGAAAUCUGGCCUAGGAGCAAGCAAGUGGGCUACAACGGAAGAAGAGACGCAGCCUACCAAGGAGGAGACAGAUGGCAAGCAAGAGGACUCUGUUCCAUCUGCCACGGAAGGUGAGAAGCUUAGCUCUUCUAUCGCGGGGACGGUGGCGAGCAUUCAGGAGCAACUGCGACAGCUUGAGGACAUGAGCGGUGACAUGGUGGAAGACCGUGAAAAGAUUGCAAAUGUCCUUGCGCAGGCCAGCCUGAAGGGAGAGUCUGGCUCACCUAAUCCUACUUUACCUGGGCCCAAUGACAAUUCCAGCGAAGCCUUGUCUGCGUAA